CGGAGGAGGCGGGGAGCGGCCCGGCCCGGCCCCGCCCCGCGCGUCCCGGCGCCGUUUGGCCCUGCCGCCGCGCCGUAGCGGGCCGGCGGGGAUUGGGCGGGAGCGCGGCGGGCGGCGAGCGCCGGGCAGGGGGCGGCGGGCCGCGCUUACCAGAGAAGAUCAAGAUGAGUCUACGGAAGCAAACCCCUAGUGACUUCCUAAAACAAAUCAUUGGAAGGCCAGUUGUUGUAAAAUUAAAUUCUGGAGUUGAUUAUCGAGGUGUCCUGGCUUGCCUGGAUGGGUAUAUGAAUAUAGCUCUGGAACAGACCGAAGAAUAUGUAAAUGGACAAUUAAAGAACAAAUAUGGGGACGCAUUUAUCCGAGGAAAUAAUGUAUUGUACAUAAGCACACAGAAGAGGAGGAUGUGAAGAUGCCAGAAGGAGGCCGUUUUGUACUUGUGAACCUUUUCAAAAUGAUGAGCUCUAUUUGAUUUGUAGUUAAUAAUCCACAGGUGAAAUACACAAGUGUUUAAAUAUUUCUUUUUUUAAAAUAAAUGUAAAGCAGUAUAAACUUA